CUACUCGGCAUGGCGCGACACGGCACGAUUAGGUUGCAUCUCCACGACAAAAAAAGUACCAACUUAAACGUGGGCGGAGUCGAAACUGCAUGGCUGAGUGAAACUGCGGUGAUUUGUUUUAUACGCGACACACACACUAGUGACUUUACACCAGACUUCUGUAGUUGUUGGAGAUGAACCCACGUUUUUACGAUUGCUAAGUAGUUUUAAGUGAUCUACAGUUCGGCGCGGUUCGGCUCGAUUUGUGUGUGGGACGUCAUCACAUAGUUACCUAUUUAGCACGCUUGGAACCUCGCGGAGCAGGAAUCUCAUCUGUUUAUUGGUGCUCACAAGGCCGUUAUCAGGAGGUGAAAUGGCGCAGCGAGGAAAUCAGCUGGACCGAGGCAGAUUCUGCUGUUCCGUCUGUCUGGAUCUACUGAAGGAUCCGGUGACUAUUCUCUGUGGACACAGCUACUGUAUGAAGUGUAUUAAAGACCACUGGGACUCAGAGGAGCAUAAGAGGAUCUACAGCUGCCCUCAGUGUAGAGAGGCCUUCGCACUGAGGCCUAUACUGAUGAAAAACAUCAUGUUAGUAGAUUUAGUGGAGGAGCUGAAGAAGACUGGACUCCACGCUGCUCCUGCUGAUCACUGCUAUGCUGGAGCUGAAGGUGUGGCCUGUGAUGUCUGCACUGGCAGGAAACUGAAAGCUCUCAAGUCCUGUUUGGUUUGUUUGGCCUCUUACUGUGAGGAACAUCUCCAGCCUCAUCAUCAAUCACCUGCAUUUAAGAAGCACAAGCUGGUGGAGCCGUCCAAGAACGUCCAGGAGAACAUCUGCCCUCGUCACAAUGAGAUGAUGGACAUGUUCUGCCGCACUGAUCUGCACUGCAUCUGUUCUCUCUGCUCUGUGGACGAACAUAAAGACCACGACACAGUCUCAGCUGCAGCAGAGAGGACGCACAAGCAGAGAGAGCUGGAUCUGAGUCGAGAAGAAGUCCAGCAGAGACUCAGGGACAGAGACAGAGACGUGAAGGUGCUUCAACAGGAGAGGAAGACUCUCAGUCUGUCUGCUGAUCAAGCCGUGAAGGACACGGACAAUAUCGUUGAGAUGUUACGUCUCCUGGGUAAGAGAAGCGCUGAAGUGAAGCUGCAGAUCAGAUGUAGGCACGACACCGAGGUGAGACGAGUCACAGGUGCUGAGGUGAAGCUUCGGCAGGAGAUCACUGAGCUGAAGAAGAGAGAAGCUGAACUGAAGCAGCUCUCACUCACACACGACCACAACCAGUUUCUCCUCAACUACCACUCACUGUCGGCACUCAGUCCGUCCACACACUCGUCCACCAUCAACGUCCGUCCUCUGAGACACUUUGAGGACGUGACGGCGGCUGUGGCAAAGGUCAGAGGUCAACUGCAGGACGUCGUGACCGAGACGUGGACAGACAUCUCACUGGCUCUGACUGAGGUUUCACUGACAGAACCAGAACCAAAGACCAGAGCUGAAUUCCUCAGAUAUUCACAGGAAAUCACACUGGAUCCAAACACAGCACACGCACGUCUGUUAUUAUCUGAGGGAAACAGAAAAGUGAGAUUUAUGAAGAAAGCUCAGUCUUAUCCUCAUCACACACACAGAUUCACUGAUGUUUAUCAGGUCCUGAGCAAAGAGAGUCUGACUGGACGUUGUUACUGGGAGGUGGAGUGGACAGGAGGAGCAGUUUAUGUAGCAGUGACGUACAAGGACAUCACAAGAUCACAUUCAGGUUUAGAUGAAAGUAGAUUUGGAAACAAUGACAAAUCUUGGGCUUUAUUUUGUAACCAAAACUGGUGUCAGUUUGGUCACAACUGCUUCUGGACGGACCUCUCAGGUGGUUUGUUCUCCAGAGUGGGAGUUUACCUGGACCACAGAGCAGGUCUUCUUUCCUUCUACAGAGUCUCUGACACCAUGACUCUGCUCCACAGAGUCCAGACCAUGUUCACUGAGCCUCUCUGUGCUGGAGUUAGUUUUUAUGCGUAUUCACCUGGAGUCACAGCUGAGUUGUGUAAACUCAAAUAAACGUGAGUUCUUUCAGGAGCAGUGACUUGAAACUCUGUGUUUGAACCUUGUGAUGAUCUUGUGUGAGGAGAACAUUUGUUCUUUUUGAAGUAUGUGAGAUUUAAGUGAAACAAACUCACUGAUGUUGAGUUGAAACGAAGAGUUUCAGCAGAUUCAAACAUGAAUACAUCAAUACAAUAGAAAUGUUUUCAUCUUUUUUUAAAUCACAAUAAA